AAGUCACAUGACUUGUACAAAAUGGCCGCGCCCAUGUUUGAGUAAAUUGGGCAAAAAUCUUUCGCUAAUUUGCUUGCUUUUCGCUUUACAAAAGUUUUGUCAUCAACUUAAUCAGGGAACAUGGAUGAUGUUUUUGACGAAGAUCGUGAUGACAUCGAGAUAUCUCGACGGGAAUGGAGUAAUUUAAAGGAAAACAGAGUAAAAGAAGGCUAUAAAAAAGGCCUAGCUGCUGGUGAGGAAAGGAAGCUGCAAGAAGGUUUUGAUGAUGGUUAUAAGACCUCUGUCAACCAGGCUUAUCAGCUAGCACGAAUGAGGGGAAUUCUCUGUGCAGUCCUUGUGAAGCUGCACGAAAAUGAUCCAACAGCAAGCAGUGAAGACACACAGCUGACAACAAAACUUGUUGAAGAAAUAUCAGACAUUGAGAAAGACUUACUCCAGCAUAUCCAGGUCCCAGCUGCGGAUGAAACUGGUCUGCCUGGACCAAGUUCAGCUGGGCUGCCACGGUGUGGAGGAGACGAUGGAAAACCAUGUGCAUGCACACCUAGCGAGGACUCAAAACCCAUUGACCGCAAGGGCACAGACAACAAAAAUCAUGGAGAACCAGCUGUGACACCUUGUGACAAGAAUCUGAAUCAUGACUCUUUUGCUCCCAGUUCGGGUGCGUUUCCGGAGUUCUCUCGGAAGAUUAAUCAAGUGAUGCCAGAAGUUGUCACUCUGUUGACAAAGAUGGGUUUUAGUUCUGAUUUCAUUGCUACGCUGUGAGUUUAUCUUACGAUACUUAUGCAAUUUUUAACCUUUGGUCACUCUUAGGGGUUGCAAAGCCUCGAGUAUUAGCUGUUUAAGCCUCAUCCAAUCUUUUCGUCCACACAACAAUGCUUCUUGUAGUUUCUGUAUCCAAGGUAUUGUCUCCUUUGAAUUUGAAUAAAUUUAAUUUUAUGCAGUUUAAAA